CCCCUAUUUCACUCUUUCACUUCGUUGACUGCCAGCAUCACACUCGCACUCACAUACUGAUACGGAGCACGAGAACCAAAAUGCAACAGUUUUCUCACCGGCUCUGAUCGGAACACGUCGGCAGCUCCGUGUCAUUUUUCUGUUGCUUUCCUGUCCGACUUUAGAGUUCGGAGAAGAAAACUCAGCCUUUGGAAUUUCGAGGUCAUUAUUCAUCUUCUUUGCCUUCUGGAUCUCUGUUCCCAUGACGUUUUGCAGCGCUAUUGGUCUCCCACCGACACUCCUUCCUUCGCCUCCAAGCUAGACGAGCCUCCACUCCUGCAUUACCCCCUGGAUGUCUGCAGAAAAGCGGCAUUUGGAUAUUCCUUCUUGCAAACUCAUCCAAAAAAUUCCUGAGCUAGAGCCCAGCAAACGUAUGCGGCCUAUUAAUUAGUCAAGGUCUCAAUCGAAAUUCAGGAAAUUACUUACCAGCAUGAGUACAAAGCAUUAUGACAGUUUACAACUUGAUAACUCUGCCCCGUCAGAUGCGGACCUUCAUCACAAUAUUACCAGAUGUGUGGGGGACAGAAAAUCUUAUGAGAAUCACCAAAAGCAAGGGAGUCAUAGAAGGGAAUGUAAAGAAGAUGAGCUAGUUAGGUACAUGUCAGAUCUUCCAGGUUUUUUGGAGAAGGGAGAAAGUAUUCAUGAUAAAGUCUUGAAUGUGGGGGUCCUUGAUUGGGCCUGUCUGGAGCAAUGGAAAUGCAGUCAUAAACAUAUGCCCCAUAUAAGUAGUAGGAGGUCGACAUCAACAACUACUAAUAAAUCUGUGUCUGUUUCAAUGGACAGAUCAUCUGGUUAUUCUAGCAGUGGUCGUAGCUUGUCUCCUUCCUGCCGAAGCAUUUGCCAUCCACCACUGCUAUCUCAUUUUAUGGCAUCUGCGAUGCAGGGCCACUCUCAGGAUGCAAAAUCCUUGGGAAAAAUUUUAGAAAAUUGUCAAAAUAUUAGCGGUAGCAACAAUAACACACACAGCCAAUUUGUCGGGGCAAAUGACUGUCUUUCCCCAGACCUCCCUGAUAAUAGACUGAAAGCACGCAACAUGAAGGGUUUAGAUGCCAAAAUUGAUAUGAAAAGAGGAGCUCUAUCAAGUGACCAAAUGAAUGAAGUAGCAUCAUACAUCAUGUUACAAACGAGCUCUCAAGGUGGUAAAUUGGAAAAAAGAGUGGAGACUUUCCAGCAAUCAAAUAUGGUUACCAUUGAGAAAGACGUACUCAAGAAAAACAAACCACCUGUUCUUUGUUUGUCCAGAGAUAUCUCCCUGAAUGAUCAUUCUGUAACGCGGGAUAUGCCAACAUCCCAAGGUCAAAAGUCACAAAUUCUUAGUCAAACAAGCUUCAUAGAAAAUCCUAAGGAACUACCCCCCGAGGAUUUUAGUUAUAAAAAGCCAAACUCCUGUACACUGCCUGAUGAAAUUAACUGUUCCCGUUCUGAGGCAAAGGGGUCCAGUUCUGCAGGUGCAGAAAGAGUCAAAGUUCACACUGCUACUUUCUCAGCACCCCUAUCAGCUAAAAUGGGAAUAAGCCCAUCCAAAUCUAGACAAGUUGAAAAGAAACAGCCGAUAAUUACAAUGCUAUCUGCUAGAGCGUCUUCCCAGGAACCAGCUCAGAAAGUAACAGGUGAAAAGUCAAGAAGCUCUUCACCUUUUCGACGAUUUAGCUUCAGCACCGGUUUUGCUAGCAAAGGAUCUGGUUGCAAGGAGGAUGCACUUCGGCCAUAUAGGAGCUCAGUAGGAAAUGCUACAUCUAGUUUAGAAAAUAUGAGGGGCUGUUCGAGCUCAGAUAUUUCAGGCAAUGGUAAGGCAGGUGAGACUGGUAGGAGCAGGUCAAGCCCUUUAAGGAGGUUACUCGAUCCACUACUGAAACCAAAGACGGUGAACUGCCACCACUCUACAGAUUCAUCUCAGAAAGAUCCAUUGUUAAUAAAUGAGAAUUGUAUGUUAGCAAAUGGGAAAUCUUCCUCUUUGCAGCGUGAAAAAGGGUUGAUAAAGAACCACAGACUUGGUUACAGUACAAUUGAUAAGGAUGAUUCAUCGAAGUCUCUUCUGAGAAUUGCAUGGAAGAAUGGCUUGCCCAUGUUUACAUUUGCAGUUGACAAAAGCAGCAGCAUUCUUGCGGCCACGGUGAAGAAGUUAGGUACCACAGAAAAGGAUGGCUGCUGCUGUAUCUAUACCUUUUUCACCUUUAGAGAUGUUAAUAAGAAGGCUGGAAAUUGGAUAAAACAGGCUGGAAAGGGAAAAGGUCCUGAUUACAUUCAUCAUGUUGUGGGCCAAAUGAAGGUUUCCAAUCCUCACUAUCUUGAUUUAACUGGCCAGAAUUGUGUGGACUCUUCUCCUGUGAAAGAGCUCGUUUUGUAUUCUGUGAAGCUAAAGCAGGGAUGUGAUCAAGCCCCUGAUUAUCAGCUAGAUGAUGAACUUGCUGCAAUUAUACUCAAAAUACCCAAAACAUUGGUUUUCACCAAUAAUGUGCAUUAUAGCAGUUCCUGUGAUAAUGGUCAAGAGCUUGUUCAUGCAACAGUUGUGCUUCCAAGUGGGGUUCAUAGUCAUCCAAGUAAAGGUGGACCUUCAUCCCUUAUUGAGCGCUGGAAAUCAGGUGGAUCUUGUGACUGUGGUGGUUGGGAUAUGGGUUGCGAACUUAAGAUUUUGCAAAUGAAAACCCAGCCAAUAAAAAGUCAUUUUCAUCCAAAGCUUGUGGUGAAGAUCAUUUUGAGCUUUUUCCUGCAGGGGAAUGGGCGAGACCGACCUGCUUUCAGAUUUGUCCCCUUCAAGCAGGGAAUUUUCUCGGUUGUUUUAUGA